ACAUGGCAAUAUAAACCGCCAAAGGCCACGUUCAUUGCCAGUCGAGUUCUGUGCGUGAAACCGCACGCUACACUAUUUUAGUUAACAUUUUUUUAAAUUUAUUUUUUUAGUUCUUUUUUUAAAAAUCGCCAAAAUGGCGUCUGCCGUGAUUAAGUUGAGUGCCAUAUUGUUGUUAGUUGCUGUGUGCGCCGCUGAUGUCUCACAUCUGGUGGGCACGGCUGAACCUCAGCCCGUGACGGAGGUAUGCCUGGGCUGCAUCUGCCAGGCCGUGUCAGGCUGCAAGGCGGGCCUCCAGUGUGAUGGAGACCACUGCGGCCUCUUCCACAUCACCUGGGCAUACUGGGCUGAUGCUGGCAAACCCACCAUCAACAACCAGUCGCCGGACGCUCCUGAUGCGUACCCGAACUGCACAAACGACCCUUACUGUGCUGCCCUCGCCGUGCAAGGAUACAUGAGGAAAUUCGCUCAGGACUGCAACGGUGACGGCCGUAUCGACUGCUAUGACUACAUGGCUAUCCACAAGCGUGGAGGAUAUGGCUGCGUGGGAGACCUGCCCUUCAGCUACGUGAAUGUCUUCAACCAAUGUGUGGCUGCUGUUGCCAACGCCCAGCAGUACGGCUAAACUUAGAAACAGAGAAGAAGAAAAAUGGAGAAUGAGACUUUUUAGAGGACCUUAUAUACUAUCAUCGUUCUACCAUCUUUUUGAAGGCAAUAUGUUCCCUGUCUUCUUUCGACUUUUUGCCUCAAAGCGUGUCCUUCUCCUAAAGUCCGUUUAAUUUUUAAUCUUUGACUUUUUAGAAUUAAAUAAUGUCUUCGUUUUCUAUGUAUAAUGCUAAGGAACUCUUAUUUUAACCGACGACGAACCGAAAAAAUGUACUUAUUUAUAAUUUUUCUGAAUAACAACAUUUUUAUUUUGUAUAAGUAAUAAAAUCGAACUAGUCUCUAGGGUUA